AUGGCAAAUCAACAACCAUUUCGUUCAUCAACCCCGAUCUUUAGAGAAAAAGAAUCAACAUCUAAUUCUAAUUCUACUUCUACUUCUACUUCUAAUUCUAAUUCUAAUUCUAAUUCUACUUUAAAACCUCCAGGAAAAAGAUCAACUUCUAGAUAUUCCAUAAAUAAACAAUUGCCUGUUUUUGUAGAUCCAUCAUCAUUAUCUUCUUUUUCUUCUUCUUCUUCUUCAUCUCCAAAAAUAGUAAAUAUUAUAACCACCUCCAACAUUACAAAACAACCCCAAACUAAUCAAACUAAUCAAACUAAUCAAACUAAUCAAACUAAUCAAACUAAUCAAACUAAUCAAACUAAUCAAACUAAUCAAACUAAUCAAACUAAUCAAGCUAAUCAAACUAAUCAAACUAAUCAAACUAAUCAAAAUAAUCGAGUCUUUAAAGAUCAUAAAACUUCCCAUAACAAUACAAAUAAAUAUCUAAAACAAUCAUCGUCCCCAAUCUUUCAACAAAAGCAAAAUAUUUUAAUUAGUUCCAAGAAACUUCCAAUUUUUAAACCAACUGAUAAGAUACUACAACCUACAUCAAAACUUCCCAUCUCUUCUUCUUCUUCUUCUUCAUCUUCAUCUUCAUCUUCAUCUUCAUUAUCAUUAUCAGUAUCUUCUUCCUCUUCCUCUUCCUCUCUCUUUCACUCUCCUUCUCCUAAAAAAUCAUGGUCAGGACACGUCCCUCUAGGUCUCUCAGACUAUAUCCAUGCUGCUGUUUCUGACAUUGUCCAUGCCACAGAAUCAAAACAUGCCCAGCUAACAGCCCCAGAAACUCCACUUGAAACUCAAUCACGCUGUGACCGCCAAAUGCUUCGUGAAUUACAUGCACAAAAUAUAUUUGAUGUCAUUGUCCCUACUGAUAUCUUGGAAAAGUCUAAAGAUAUCUUUACAAUCAAACAAUCUAUCAAACUUAACAGAAGGUCUUGGCGUGUGAUUUUUGAAGAAUCAGAUACUCCAGUACUUCUUCUUGAUGUUGCAAAAAAAAUAACCCACCAGAAAAAUCAAGAAAUUUCUCCAGGAACUCUUAUUCGAAUUUCAGGUAAACCAUAUUAUGAAUCUGGCCCUAUUUGUGCUUAUGUACAGUGGGGGAUAAUUGCUGUUGAUUAA